AUGCCUGAUUGGAUGGUUAUUAAUUGCUUCUAUAAUGGCUUGGGUCCUCAAUCGAGGCCAAUGCUUGAUGCAUCAUCAGAUGGAGCUCUAUGGGCUAUGAGCUAUGAUGAGGCUUAUGAGUUGAUCGAGAUGAUGGCUGCGAAUGAAUAUCAGAAUCCUACUCAGCGUCUUCCUCAGGGCAAAGUAGCAGGAAUUCUGGAUGUUGAUGCUACUUCAGUCAUAGCUGCUCAGCUUAAGGCUCUUACUAUGAAGGUGGAUUCUUUGGCAAAUCUGGGAAAUCAGCAGCCACCUUCGGUUUGCGAGCUAUGUGCGGGUACUCAUACCACUGAUCAGUGUGCCAUAUCUAGCGAGUCAGCUCAGUUUAUUGGGCAGAUUGCUAACACGUUGAUUAACAGACCACAAGGAAUUCUUCGUAGUGAUACUGAGGCCAAUCCGGGUAAGAAAGAGGUGAAGGAACAGGUACAGGCAGUCACUUUGAGGUCCAGAAAGGUUACGAAGGAUAAAGAUUCAGCAACAGAGCAUAACAAGGAAGAGAGUGAGCAACGGGUUGAAACACCCGUGCUCUCAUCUAAGUCUGAUAGUGAAAAAACUGUUGUUGACGCUGACAAGAAAGAAAUCAAAGAGGAAGCAAGCAAGGAAUCAGCCGAGAAGUCUAGUCGUAAAUCUAAUAAUGGGGACAAGCAAGUAUAUCCACCUCCCCCUUUUUCGAAGAGACUUCAGAAGCAGAAGCUCGACAAACAAUUCACAAAAUUUCUAGAGAAACUCAAGCUUGAGAAGUUGGAGACUGUAGCUUUGACCGAGGAGUGCAGUGCGGUGUUGCAGCAGAAAUUGCCCCCAAAGCUGAAAGAUCCAGGAAGUUUCACAAUCCCGUGUACUACUGGGCAAUUGUCCUUCGACAAGUGCUUGUGUGACUUGGGAGCUAGCAUCAAUCUGAUGCCGUUGUCUGUCUUCAAGAAACUUGAGUUCGUGGAGGAUAAAAAGAUUCCCAUUAUCUUGGGAAGGCCGUUCUUAGCUACAGGCCAAACUUUGCUCGAUGUGCAAAAAGGAGAGCUUACAAAGAGAGUUCAAGAUCAGAGUGUCACUUUUAAGGUGUUUAACUCAAUUAAAUUUCCAACCGACGAAGAAGAAUGCUUUAAGGUGGAGCCACUAGAAUUUGUUGAAAAUUCUGAGACGGGGCAAAAGCUAAGGCCAGGUACCUUGGAGAGAGUCUUAACAUGGGAUUCUGAUUCCGAAGAUGAGGGAGUAGCGGAGCUUAAAAAUUUUCAAGAGCAUCGUAAUCCAUCUAUUGAAGAGGCUCCGGAACUCGAACUCAAACUACCUCCGGAUCUCUUAAGUGAUGUGCAGUUUAGAAGGUUGUCACGACGCAUAGAUGACAUGCAUGACAUUCACCGCCGUUUUGCAAAGGAUUUGACUCAGGUUUCUUGGAAGGAGAACGAAGAGGAGAUUCAUAGCUUUAAGUGA